AUGGCUACCGUACAUGACCAGGGUGGGAACGCUCACACAGAGAGAGAGAGAGAGAGCAAAGAAGAGGGACUGAGGAGAGAGAGAGAGGUGGAGGGGAUGACUUACUCGCUCAAGUAUUUCCACACUGUGUCCUCUCAAGUUACAAACUUCCCAGAUUAUGUGGUCGUGGCUUAUAUUGAUGACAUUGAGAUCGGUCACUAUGACAGCAACACAAGGAAAGCAGAAGCCAAAGAAGAAUGGAUGAAGAAAUUUACAACAGUGGAACCAGAGCACUUUUUGUAUCAGACAUAUUUAGGUAUUCAGACUGAAUUGAAGGACAAAGAGGACUUGGAAAGUUUACAGAAGAGCUUCAACCACACUGAAGGUCUUCACAUUUACCAGAAGAUGAAAGGCUGUGAAUGGAAUGAUGAGACUGAUGAAAUCAAGAGUUGGAGACAGUUCAGUUAUGAUGGAGAAGAUUUUUUAGCGUUAGACACCAAGACGUGGACAUGGACUGCAGCAAAACCACAAGCCGUCCCCAUGAAACAAACAAUGGACUAUGACCGAGAUCUUAUGGAGUACUUGAAGUUUUACCACACUGAGAUAUGCUUUCAUAACUUGAAAAAGUAUCUGAACUUUGGUAGAGAUGUCCUAAUGAGAACAGAGCUUCCAAAGGUGUUUCUACUUCAGAAGACGGCGUCCUCUCCGGUCAGCUGCUUCGCGACAGGUUUCUACCCCAGCAGUGCGGCUUUGUUUUGGAGGAAAGACGGCAAGGAUCUCCACGAGAACGUGGUGCACGGAGAAAUGCUGCCCAACCCUGAUGGAACCUUCCAGAUGACCGUGGAUCUGAAAGUGGAGGUGACGGCCGAAGUGGAGGACAAGUACGAAUGUGUGUUUCAGCUGUCUGGUGUCAAAGACGACCUGGUCACCAAGCUGGAGAGAAGAAGCAUCCUGAGCAACGCAAGCGAUGAAGGCAAUGUGUGGGUCGCCGUCGGCGCCACGGUGGCGGUCGUUGCAGUGAUCCUCGCCAUCAUUGUUGUAGUCGCCGUGCGUCACAAGAACAAACAAGCUGGUGACGAUGGUACCGAGCGCUCAGAGAACUCAAUGGAUGAAAUCAGUCGCAACACAGAUCUUUUGAGCACUGGGACACAGAGCGACCACUGA